GCAGUGGGCGGUACCGCCCGCGGUCCCUGGCGCCCAGGCCGAAAUGGCGGCGGCCGCCCUGACCCGGGAGGGCGGGGAAGAUGCUUUCCGCCGUCUUUUUCGCUUCUACCGACAACGCGACGCGUCGGAUUUGCGGGGUGUGGUGGAUUUCUCCGUGCCAGGCGGCCAGGUGUUCAGAUCACAGCUCAAUAUUUCUUCAGUCAGUGAUCAAGAUGCCUACAGAGCAGGACUACAGCCAGUUAGCCAGUGGAAAGCCUAUGGCCUCAAUGGGUAUCCAGGGUUUAUUUUCAUACUAAACCCAUUCCUUCCGGGCUGCCAGCGUCACUGGGUGAAACAGUGUCUCAAGUUAUACCCCCAGAAACCCAAUGUCUGCAACCUGGACCUGCACAUGGCUCCUGAGAAGACAGUUGACCUGUGGGGACAGAGCAAGGAGCAGCUAAGAAGGAAAAGUUUCAAUAAACGGGAGCCUAGAAGCUUAUUAGAGAAGCUGCGCUGGGUUACGCUUGGUUACCAUUAUAAUUGGGAUACUAAGAAGUACUCAGCAAAUCACCACACUCCUUUCCCUUCAGACCUUGCAUUCUUGUCAGAACAAGUGGCCAAAGCCUGUGGGUUCCGAGGUUUCCAAGCACAAGCAGGGAUCUUGAACUACUAUCAUUUUGAUUCUUCCCUGGGAAUUCAUGUGGAUGAAUCUGAACUAGACCAUUCUCAUCCCCUUUUAUCAUUUAGUUUUGGGCAAUCCUCAAUAUUUUUGCUUGGGGGCCUGAAGCGGGAGGAGGCCCCAACAGCAAUGUUCAUGCACAGUGGAGAUAUCAUGGUGAUGUCUGGCUUCAGCCGUCUGCUGUACCAUGCUGUCCCACGGGUCCUCCCCAACCCUGAAGGGACAGCUUUGCCUUCGUGCCUGGACCAAGCACUUUCUUCAGACCUUCCCCUUGGCUCAGUCAUUGAGCACAGCUCUGAUGAGGAUUGGCAGGUCUGUGCCAAGUACCUGCAGUCUUCCCGCAUUAAUAUGACCAUUCGGCAGGUGCUGGCUGAGGGUCAGAAAUUUCCAGAGGAGUCUGGGACAAAUGGAAAGGGCCAGGCAUCCUCUAAAGACAGUCACCAUCAGGAGAACAGCAGAACCAAGAGACAUAAACCAAAUACAGACAGCUGAGACCAGAAGAUCAUGAUGACAUGGACUGGACAGGCAACCUUCAUAUGCGAUUGGGAACUAGUGUAAUCAUACUAGAAGUCAUUUGUCUGUAUUGGCAUUAAUAAACUUCUGUAGAAGUUUAUUAUUCUUCAGAAUAAAUGUUGUCCUUGCUGUAAUAACUAUGUUGGGGAGAAAAAGGAAAAGAUAGAUAAGUUCAGGACUGGGACUCAGGAGAUGGACUCUGUUGAUUUCAUUGCUCUGUGUAAAAAGAAUCCUGUUGGGCUGGUACAGCUGAAGUGUAGUACCAAGUAUGAAGGAGGAUAGGGUGUGAGACCUACCUGCAGCAUUUCCAAGAGGAUUAUCUCUACAGCAAAAUCAGUUAAGUGACCUGAAACCAGCAGCUCCCUCGAGCAACACCUGGUGUAAGCUUGCAGUAGUCCUGUGCUCUCCUUUUGUCUGCUUGCACCCCCUCAGUUGCAGCAGAAACUCCUCUUAUGCAUGGAACUAGACUUUUUUUGCAUACUGCAGUUUUUUGAGAGAAACAACUGUAGGCAGUAUCUACUUCAACUAUCUUGUAGCUCCCAGGUUGGUCUCCUCCCGACAGUAAGUAUGUGACUGAGCCAUACAUCCCCAUUCUUCUAAAACUACUCCCUCUUGAGUGCCUGCAGACUGUGGUCCUCUGGUCCCAAGUUAGCAUCUUUGAAGAACAGAAUGACGUGCAAGUAGAAGCAAUGAAGUUGUAAAUUAAGUAGCUAAAAAAAAUAAUCAGUGACUAUCUCUGUCACCCAAAGAUAAAUACAUAAAAUGAAGAAAAGCACUAGCUUUUGUGCCAGUUCUCUUUAAGACUCAGACCUUCCUAUCUGCUUCUUAAUGCAAUUUUAAUUGCUGGAGUGGAAUGCACUAUCCCUGGGGUGUUUUGUUGCACUUUCCAAUGAAUAAACUUACUGGAUUUUUAAAUUAAAGAUCUCUAUCCGU